AUGUCAAAUUCUUCAUCACCGAAAGACCCUCCUGGAGGAAACACUUUCUCUAUCGGACGAUCACUUCCAAUUGACCCAAAAUUAAUUAAUGAAUUAGAAAGACAGACUUAUGGAAUCGCUAAUGACUUGGAAGCUAUGCUGCGGAAUUUGCACUCACAAAUGUUUGAGGCCUCAGUUUUAACUUCAGCUUCAUUUGACGUGUAUAAACAAGCAGUUUUGAAUCAUGGCGAGGUCUUGAAAGAUGCAUCAAACAAAACGCGAGAAUUAAUAGAAAUGUGCGUCCGAUUAGAUAAAGAGUUUGCCAAUGUACAGAUAAUGGCAAAUAAUAUUAAGAGCAUCAAACAACAGGUAGAUGUACUCCACGCAGCUGUUGGAAAAUGA